AUGUCUGUGAAGAUUCCGAGAAGGACUUUGUCUCUAUCAUUCCUCCGAUGCGGUGACAUGAUGGACGGGGUCAGCGAUUCUGCUUCCUCGCAGACUCCAAUGCCAUGGCAGUUUGAUAUAGACCUCAUGGUGUGUCGCCUUUGCCUCGAUGAGAGACACCAAGACUCCCCUUGCUCUGCCUGUCGGGAAAGGUUUCGUCGGUGGAAGAGAGACAGCUCAGGUCAUGCACGUUGA